AGAAAAAAGGCUUGCUAAAAUUUGACAAAAUCCCGAAAAAGAAAAGAAAAGAAAAGGGAAAAGAAUGAAUAGUGUUGCAAACCUGCCACUGUAUGCAGCCAGCGUAGGUACCAAGCGAACCAGACUGUUGAGCAACAAGAAAACACAGCCGACUAGAUCCAUGAGAGCUGUUGUUCAGAGAGUUGUCUCUGCAAGCGUCCAGGUCGAUGGCCGCACAGUUUCGGAGAUUGGGCCUGGCCUCCUCGUUCUCGUCGGUCUUCAUGAAUCCGACUCCGAUGCCGACGCCGAAUACAUAUGCCGUAAGGUCCUGAAUAUGAGAUUGUUCCCGAAUGAGAGUACCGGAAAAGCUUGGGACUUAAACGUAAUGCAGAAAAACUAUGAGGUUCUUUUGGUUAGUCAGUUUACACUGUACGGAAUGUUGAAGGGAAACAAGCCGGACUUUCAUGUGGCAAUGCCUCCCCAAAGAGCUAAACCCUUCUAUGCUUCUGUGGUUGAGAGGUUCGGAAAGUCCUAUAACCCAGAUGCGAUUAAAGAUGGAGUGUUUGGAGCAAUGAUGAAGGUCAAUUUGGUGAAUGAUGGCCCAGUCACAAUGCAGAUCGACUCCCAACCGUCUAAGAACACGGUUGAAGCUCAAGAAGACUCAUAAUGGCUGUCGAUUCUUCAUGGACUUAGUUACAAGUUGAAGAUGUUCUAGGCGGAAUGGAAGAUUCUCUUAUAUAAUCAAAGUGGAGAUGCUUAUGCCCUAACGUUGUGCUAUCUACUAAUUUCAAUCAGCAUUGGCCAUGGGGUUGUAUGGUGAUUUUCUCCUAUGACAAUAUCGGUUUUUUUUCCUCUUAACCAUCGAUCUAUAAGAUAAGAUCAAGCCGCGAAGGCUUUCCUUAAAAUCCUUAUUGGGACUUCAAAAAAUUGUUGGGCUCCUUUUGUUAGUUUCAGACCUAUUCAAUUCAAAUCCAAACGAGUAUCAUGCUUGAACAAA